AUCCUUACUAGCUUUUCAUUCACGCCUACUCACGUACACCUUUCUCAUCAUGAUGAUCAUCAAAUCAUCAUCAUCAUCAUCAUCACCUUUUGAUUUUCUCAAAAAUCUCCAAGGUUGUAAAAAAGGUGACAAUGUCCAAGGCAUUCGUGAUCUCAAAAACUACCUCAAACACUUUGGUUACUUCACUAAACAUUCAACUAAUCAUAUUGAUGAUGAAGAUGAUUUCGACUAUGCCUUAGAAAAAGCUAUUAAAACAUACCAAAUCAAUUACAACCUCAAACCCACAGGAAUCUUAGACCCAAAAACCUUAUUCAAAAUGAUGAAGCCUCGUUGUGGAGUCCCAGAUAUUUUUGCCAAAAAUAAAACAAGAAUGCGCUCAGCCAAUAAAAGUACGCCACGUCAUCAUCACAUAGUGUCUCACUACUCAUUCUUCCAAGGAGAGCCAAAGUGGCCAGCCACAAAGUUCAACCUCACCUACACGUUCCUCAACGGCACUCCAACCGAAGCAGUGUCCGCAGUGGGCCGGGCUUUUAAUACUUGGGCCUCCAACACUCAAUUCACAUUCUUUGAGGCCCAAAACAAUGAAAAGGCGGAUAUUACGGUGAGUUUUGAGAGAAGGAACCAUGGUGAUGGGGACCCAUUUGAUGGGGCUGGUGGGACCCUUGCACACGCUUUCUCACCACCCGAUGGAAGAGUCCAUUUCGAUGCUGAGGAGAGUUGGGCUAUUGGGCCUGUUGCUGAGGCUUAUGACGUUGAGACUGUUGCUUUGCAUGAAAUUGGGCAUAUUCUUGGGCUUCAGCAUAGCUCGGUGGAAGGGGCCAUUAUGUAUCCUGAGAUUGGUGCUGGAAUCACCAAAGGGUUGCAUGGUGAUGAUAUUCAAGGGAUUAAUGCUUUAUACAAUCUUGUUUGAUUGAACUAAUUAAUUAAUAUUAUAAAUUUUCCUGUAAUAGUUUAUGAUUUACUACUGAGUAAUUCAUUGUUGAAGUGGUUUUUUUUAUUCAUUUUAAAUCAGUGUGGAAUACAAAUUUGUUUAGUUUUUAUUUA